AUGGGCUGCAAAGGACACCCGUCUUAUGACGUAUUCUGCAAAGUAGUCCUUGGGAAGCGAGCUAUUGCUAGGCUGCGAGAGGAGGCUGAGGUGUAUUUUCGGUUGUGUGACCUUCAAGGCGACGUUGUUCCUGUCUGCUACAAGCUCUUCGAAGGAGAACUCGCCGAUGGACCGUCGGCUUGUCUCAUUACUGAGUACCGUGGGGAAUCUCUAGAUAGAUAUAUGCGGACCACCAGUUGGAGAUUUAGAUGCCAGGUUAUCAAAGCUCUGGCAGAUAUCCACGCCUGCGGUAUUCAAAAUUGCGACUUUGACGUGCGGAACAUUGUCGUCGACAAGGAUGGGCGACCGUUCAUCAUCGACUUCGACCGUGCGCAAAGGCACGAAUGUACAGCGCCGGAGAUAAUUAGCGUCGGCGUCCCCGCACCAUUUCUAGCAGACUUUGGCUGUGACGAGAUUUGGUCGUUUUGUCAGGGUGACUGCGGCAUGUGGAAGCCCAAUACGUUUCCGUUUAUGGGCGGCCACCUUGCCCUCUGUUACUUCGAGAGUGUUGGGACUCUUGCUUCAAAAGCGCCUAAAGGCACACCAAGGGAUGUGGCACUGGAGGAGGCGCGCCGCGCAAUCGAGCGGUUCCAGCGAAGUAAGUAA